AUGGAUUUUGUCUCGCUCGUGAAGCAAGGCGGCUUGCUUUGGAAGGCUUGGGUGGCCUGCCACUUCGAGCGCAGGCUCAAGCGCCAGGAUUAUUUGAGUGCAGAUGUGAAGAGCACAUGUGGUUUUUUACUUGAAAACAUGGGCGGGAUUCCGCUGAGGUGUCUAGGUCACUUGAUGCUGGGCAUCCUGAGAAUUUUGCUGAGACAGGCCGAAGACCUCGAGAACAAAGCCGACGAGGUGCGGACGUCGCUGCUGACGAGUCUUUCCUCGGGUCCAGGUUUACCAACAGUCCCCACGCUGGCUGCCUCAGCUGUGACUCUACGAAACUUGGAGCAGGUGCAGCCCUUGGACUUUGGUGGGGGAGGGCUCGAUGUGCUCAUGGAAGAACUGCCAGAGAUGGAGGUUGAGGCUAGCUUGGAGGAGGGCCGCCGCCAUGUGGCUCCACUCGCGCUAAUCACGCUUAGUCCGGAGCCCUCUUCAUCAGCAAAACGGCCUGCAGUCGAUCCUGCGGACGAUGAGUUCGGGGCACCGAGUGCCGAGGAUCUGGCUUCGCUGGCUGUUAUGGGGCAAGCUGCAAUGGCUCAGAUUCAUGCAGAGGAAAUUGGCUCACCUCCUCGUGAUCCCAAACCUGCGAGAGACCAGGCAGAGGUCAUGGAGGGCUCCGCUGGCAGGGAGAGUUUGCCACCAAUUGACUUCUUAUUGGGAGCAGCAUCCUCGCCGAGUGAAGCCUCACCAUUGAGGAACAUCGUCAUCCAAGCAGAAGGUUCUUUCCCAGGUGAAGAUUUGGCGGCUGCAGCCGAAGCUGCCGCGCUCGAGGCUGAAGCCUACGCAGAGGAAGCCGAGGAAGCUGCACGGGAAGCGGAAGCAGCAGCCCGCUGCCUCCAGGAGCUUGGCCCGAUGCCCGUCGAGUUCCUCCUUAGAGACGCAGAAGUAGAGGAUGCCACCAUGCAGCCGCUCUUCCCUCCUCUGGCAGAGGCUGAGGAGGCAUGCUUGGACUUGAUGCCCAGGGUCGUCGAGGAGGCAGUGGCGGAGGUGGAGGAGCCGAAGCAGAAAAGAAGGCGAAAAAGGAUCUGGCUAGAUGAAAAAGCAACACAAAUACCGGAGAAGAAGUACGAGGACAAAAGGAAGAUCACCCUAGCGAAUCCUCUUGAGUAUGGGCUGCUGCUACCCCACAGGAGCCCUACCGUUGGCCUGACUACGAUCUUCGGCGACUUGUGCCCUCUACUGUGUGCGCCGCUACGACGAGCAGCUGAGAUCGGAGCAAGGCAGCGGCGUGCAAAAGCAGAGGAUGCAAAUUUGCCUUCACCACCGAAACCAGCACCGCUGGGUCGGCAGAUGGAGUUGAACCUGCAGCUCCCAGACCAGGAGUUGCCAGAAGUCUCGGUGCCAGAAGUCCCCAUGCCAGAAAUCCCAGUGCCACUACAGGCCGUGGAAAGCAGCACGGAGUCCGAAGAGCCAAGACAGGCGAGUGCAGCUUCGCAGCUUGCGCCGCUGCCAAGCCCUGCUCCUUUGCCUGGAGGGGAGGAGCAGUUGGCUGAGCUUCAAGUGGAGGAGGUGGGGCCCGCAAUUUCUCGCGAGGACGUGCCGCCCGAGCUGUCGGAAUUACCUGCCGAGGAUGUGACAACUGGCAGUCCUCAGGUUGCAGCUGCUGCAAGAGAAUCGGUUGAAGCUCCUCUUCCCGAGGCGGCAUGUGAGCCUGAGCCGACGAGUGAGUUGCCCAGACCACUUCAGGACGAGGAGAUGCCGAAUGCUAUCGGUGAUAAGGUGCAGACCCCUGAAGCGGUCGCGAAGCCUGCUGACGAAGAGGCUGCGGAUGCCGCAAGCUUGCCGCCGGCAAAAAGACAGGCUCACGAGCGCCCAGGUGGUCAACUCGUACCUAUCAAGGUGAUAGCGCCAGAGGUCACAGAGGUGACAGAGGUCAAGGCUGAAGAGGAUGCCGAGAUAGACCUGGACAAGGUCUCUUCCAAGCAGGGGCGAGAACUUCGCGCUUCGCUUCCAGAGGAUGCCUCCCUCUCUUUUCUGGAUAUGUGUGACCUGGACCACUGCAGUGCAGAGGACGCGGCAUGCCGCUUUGUGGAUCUUCUAGCUCUUCACAUGAACUGCGCCGUCUCCUUGCAGCAGGACGAACCAUAUGCAGACAUUGCCAUCUUCAGAGGGAAUGUCUGGGAGGCUUGGGGUGAUGAGUCGAGACGCGGUGCAAAGCGAGAGUCACUUGAACCAGCGGGUAGCUAA